CGUUAUUGUAAAGUAUAACUUAAUUAAUAAGCAUCAGCUAAAAUUAUGUUGUAAUUAUUGCGUAGAAAAUAAUAAGCGGACAUUGUGACGGACGUGCUGACGAACGUCGGCGUACAGUUCUUUCGUUGUGUAAGUUUACCGGCUGAAUACUGUCUUUUUGUAUUUACUGCGCAUUGCGUGCAGGUCGGACAUAUUCGAAAGCCUCCCGGCGUCAGAAUAUGUAUUCAAGAUAUCCGUAUUAUAAGUGAUAUUCCAAGAAUUAGUCUAAGAGGUGAAGAACAUCUAUAACAAUGUCGAUUCCACCAUAUUUGCUGGGCCAAAUGCAUGGGCCAAAUGCAUGGGCAAUGAUGGCCCAGCAACAGUUGGUCGCUGCCCAGCAUGCUCAGGCUGCAGCUCACGCACAAGCUGCUCAUCAUGCUCAUAUGCAAGCUAUAGCCGGACCACCAUUACCGCAGAUGCCCAAACAACCAGAAAUUUUAUCUGAGGACAAACUUCAGGAAAAAGCGCAAAAAUGGCAGCAGUUGCAGUCCAAGCGAUUUGCAGAGAAGAGAAAGUUUGGCUUUGUGGAUGCUCAGAAGGAGGACAUGCCAGCUGAGCAUAUAAGAAAGAUCAUUAGAGAUCAUGGCGAUAUGAGCAGCCGAAAGUAUCGGCAUGAUAAGCGUGUUUACUUAGGGGCAUUAAAGUACAUGCCACACGCCGUUAUGAAGCUUUUGGAGAAUAUGCCUAUGCCAUGGGAACAGAUAAGGGAUGUGAAAGUCUUGUAUCAUAUUACAGGAGCUAUUACAUUCGUCAAUGAAAUUCCUUGGGUUAUAGAACCCGUGUUCAUAGCUCAGUGGGGCACUAUGUGGAUUAUGAUGAGACGAGAGAAAAGGGAUCGCAGACACUUCAAGAGAAUGCGGUUUCCACCGUUCGAUGAUGAGGAACCACCUCUAGAUUACGCAGAUAACGUUUUAGAUGUUGAACCUUUGGAAGCUAUACAGAUCGAACUUGACUCGGAAGAAGAUGAAUCUGUUGCAUCAUGGUUUUAUGAGCAUAAACCGUUAGUUGGAACAGUACACAUUAACGGAUCUACUUAUCGGAGAUGGAACCUGACGUUACCACAAAUGGCUACCUUGUAUCGUUUGGCCAAUCAAUUGUUGACCGAUUUGGUAGAUCAAAACUUCUUCUAUUUGUUCGAUCCGAAGUCAUUUUUUACCGCCAAAGCAUUAAAUAUGGCGAUUCCUGGAGGGCCGAAAUUUGAACCGUUGGUAAAGGAUUCAAAUGCCGCUGACGAAGAUUGGAACGAAUUCAAUGAUAUAAAUAAGAUCAUUAUUAGACAACCUAUCAGGACAGAAUACAGGAUCGCGUUCCCCUAUUUAUACAACAACAUGCCUCAUUUUGUGCAUCUUUCAUGGUAUCACGCACCGAAUGUUGUGUACAUAAAGACUGAGGAUCCGGAUUUACCUGCAUUUUACUUCGAUCCUCUAAUUAAUCCAAUUUCUCAUAGAAACUCAUUGAAGACAAUGGAACCGCAAAUUGAAGAUGAUGAAGAUUUUAUUUUACCAGGCGAGGUGCAACCUUUCUUGCAAGAGACUCCUCUUUAUACUGAUAAUACAGCUAAUGGAAUAGCUCUUUUAUGGGCACCUAGACCGUUCAACACACGCUCUGGUAGAACAAGAAGGGCCAUUGAUAUCCCAUUAGUCAAGUCGUGGUACAGAGAGCACUGUCCACCUGGUCAACCUGUAAAAGUACGAGUCAGUUAUCAGAAAUUGCUGAAAUACUUUGUGCUGAAUGCUUUGAAGCACAGGCCACCGAAACCGCAAAAGAAGCGCUACCUGUUUCGCUCCUUCAAGUCGACCAAGUUCUUUCAAACGACGACGAUAGAUUGGGUGGAAGCCGGUUUGCAGGUGUGUCGCCAGGGAUACAAUAUGUUGAAUCUGCUGAUACACCGCAAAAAUCUCAAUUAUCUUCAUUUGGAUUACAAUUUCAACUUGAAACCUGUGAAAACGCUUACAACGAAGGAAAGGAAAAAGUCACGGUUCGGUAACGCGUUUCAUCUGUGCCGAGAGAUUCUUCGUUUGACUAAACUCAUUAUCGAUUCUCACGUUCAGUAUCGCCUGAAUAACGUGGACGCGUUCCAGCUCGCUGACGGAUUGCAAUACAUCUUCGCACACGUCGGCCAAUUGACCGGCAUGUACCGAUAUAAAUAUAAAUUGAUGCGACAGAUUAGGAUGUGCAAGGACUUGAAGCACCUGAUCUAUUACCGUUUCAAUACCGGACCGGUCGGUAAGGGACCCGGGUGCGGAUUCUGGGCGCCCGGCUGGCGCGUCUGGUUAUUCUUCAUGAGAGGCAUUACACCGCUGUUGGAGAGAUGGUUGGGUAAUCUGUUAUCGAGACAGUUUGAAGGUCGUCACUCAAAGGGUGUGGCGAAAACUGUAACGAAGCAACGAGUGGAAUCGCACUUUGAUCUUGAGCUGCGCGCAUCUGUUAUGCACGAUAUCGUGGACAUGAUGCCAGAGGGGAUAAAACAGAACAAGGCACGUACGAUCCUUCAGCAUCUGAGUGAGGCCUGGCGCUGUUGGAAAGCUAACAUACCAUGGAAAGUACCAGGGCUGCCGAUUCCAAUCGAAAACAUGAUACUGCGUUAUGUCAAGAUGAAGGCUGACUGGUGGACAAAUACGGCUCAUUAUAACCGAGAGAGGAUUCGACGCGGCGCCACGGUGGACAAAACUGUGUGCAAAAAGAAUCUCGGUCGUUUAACACGUUUGUACUUGAAAGCUGAACAGGAGAGGCAGCACAAUUAUCUGAAGGAUGGUCCGUACAUAUCACCGGAGGAAGCCGUAGCUAUAUUUACAACUUCGGUGCAUUGGUUAGAAUCGCGAAGAUUUGCACCAAUACCCUUUCCACCCUUGUCCUACAAACACGACACAAAGUUACUUAUAUUAGCCUUGGAACGUUUAAAAGAAGCCUAUAGCGUUAAAUCCAGAUUAAAUCAGAGCCAACGAGAGGAAUUGGGCUUGAUAGAGCAAGCGUAUGACAAUCCGCACGAAGCGCUAUCCAGGAUUAAGCGACAUUUGCUUACGCAGAGAGCUUUCAAGGAAGUUAGUAUCGAGUUCAUGGAUCUCUAUAGCCACCUGAUUCCCGUAUACGACGUAGAACCACUCGAGAAGAUCACGGACGCCUACUUGGAUCAGUAUUUAUGGUACGAAGCGGAUAAGAGGCGAUUAUUCCCGCCAUGGGUGAAGCCGGCCGAUACAGAACCGCCGCCGCUUCUGGUCUACAAGUGGUGUCAGGGUAUCAACAAUCUUCAAGACGUGUGGGACGUAGGCGAGGGUGAAUGUAACGUGCUACUCGAAUCGAAAUUUGAAAAAUUAUACGAGAAAAUCGAUCUCACGUUGCUCAACAGAUUACUACGUUUAAUAGUUGAUCAUAACAUCGCUGAUUACAUGACGGCAAAGAACAACGUCGUCAUCAAUUACAAGGAUAUGAAUCACACGAACAGCUACGGCAUUAUCAGAGGCUUACAAUUUGCAUCUUUUAUCGCACAAUAUUACGGAUUAGUGUUGGAUCUGCUGGUUCUAGGUCUUCAACGAGCUAGCGAGAUGGCCGGUCCGCCGCAAAUGCCGAACGAUUUUCUGACCUUCCAAGAUGUUGCUUCCGAAACGGCACAUCCUAUUCGAUUGUACUGCCGCUACGUCGACAGAAUACACUUGUUUCUACGUUUCUCCGCUGACGAGGCGAAAGAUCUUAUCCAACGUUACCUUACGGAACAUCCUGAUCCAAAUAACGAGAAUAUUGUCGGCUACAAUAACAAGAAGUGUUGGCCACGGGACGCUCGUAUGAGAUUGAUGAAACACGACGUUAAUUUGGGUCGCGCCGUCUUCUGGGACAUCAAGAAUCGCCUGCCGCGCUCCACUACUACCAUCCAGUGGGAGAACAGCUUUGUCAGUGUCUACAGCAAAGAUAAUCCCAAUUUAUUAUUUAACAUGAGUGGUUUCGAAUGUAGGAUUUUACCCAAAUGUAGAACUACCCACGAGGAGUUUACACACCGAGAUGGCGUCUGGAAUCUGCAAAAUGAGAUAACAAAGGAAAGAACGGCGCAAUGCUUCUUACGCGUCGAUGAUGAAAGUUUGCAGCGCUUCCACAAUCGGGUCAGGCAAAUUCUCAUGGCUUCAGGUUCAACCACGUUUACGAAGAUUGUGAACAAGUGGAAUACCGCGCUGAUCGGUCUGAUGACUUAUUUCAGAGAGGCCGUAGUGAACACGCAAGAGUUGCUAGACCUGUUGGUGAAGUGCGAGAACAAGAUUCAAACACGUAUCAAAAUUGGUUUGAAUUCUAAGAUGCCCUCACGUUUCCCACCCGUUGUUUUUUAUACGCCGAAGGAGCUAGGUGGUCUGGGAAUGUUAUCGAUGGGUCACGUACUGAUACCGCAAUCUGACUUGAGAUGGUCUAAACAAACCGACGUAGGUAUCACUCACUUCCGUUCGGGUAUGAGUCACGAUGAAGAUCAACUGAUUCCAAAUUUAUACCGUUAUAUACAACCCUGGGAAUCAGAAUUUAUUGAUUCUCAACGCGUUUGGGCUGAGUAUGCUUUGAAACGACAAGAGGCUAAUGCUCAGAAUCGCAGACUCACUCUAGAAGACCUGGAAGAUAGCUGGGAUCGCGGUAUUCCCAGAAUAAACACGCUAUUUCAGAAAGACAGGCAUACGUUGGCUUACGAUAAAGGCUGGCGCAUUCGCACGGAAUUCAAACAAUAUCAAGUGUUGAAGCAGAAUCCGUUCUGGUGGACUCAUCAACGCCACGAUGGCAAAUUGUGGAACCUUAACAACUAUCGAACCGACAUGAUUCAGGCACUUGGUGGUGUUGAAGGCAUUCUCGAACAUACUCUUUUCAAAGGUACUUACUUCCCAACAUGGGAAGGUCUCUUUUGGGAGAAAGCGUCCGGCUUCGAGGAAUCUAUGAAAUAUAAAAAGCUGACGAAUGCGCAACGCUCUGGUCUCAAUCAAAUUCCUAAUCGUCGGUUCACUUUGUGGUGGUCACCGACUAUCAACCGUGCGAAUGUCUACGUUGGUUUCCAAGUACAGCUCGAUUUAACGGGAAUAUUUAUGCACGGUAAAAUACCUACCUUGAAGAUCUCGCUGAUUCAAAUAUUCCGUGCUCACUUGUGGCAGAAAGUGCAUGAAUCUAUUGUAAUGGAUCUCUGUCAGGUAUUCGAUCAAGAACUGGACGCGCUGGAAAUCGAGACUGUGCAAAAGGAAACGAUACAUCCGCGAAAGUCCUACAAGAUGAACUCCUCAUGCGCUGACAUUCUGCUAUUUUCUGCCUAUAAAUGGAACGUGUCCCGACCAUCGCUCCUUGCUGAUUCCAAGGACGUAAUGGACAAUACGACUACACAAAAAUAUUGGAUCGACGUUCAAUUGAGAUGGGGCGAUUAUGAUUCGCACGAUAUUGAACGAUAUGCUCGCGCCAAGUUCUUGGAUUACACCACUGACAACAUGUCGAUUUAUCCAUCGCCCACUGGUCUCUUGAUAGCUAUCGAUUUAGCGUAUAAUCUGCAUAGUGCUUAUGGCAACUGGUUCCCUGGCUGUAAGCCGCUCAUACAGCAAGCCAUGGCGAAGAUCAUGAAAGCAAAUCCCGCCUUGUACGUGUUACGCGAACGUAUUCGCAAAGCAUUGCAGCUGUACUCGUCCGAACCCACGGAACCUUAUCUCUCCUCACAGAAUUACGGUGAACUCUUUUCCAAUCAGAUAAUAUGGUUUGUCGAUGAUACAAACGUAUAUCGCGUGACUAUUCACAAAACCUUCGAGGGCAAUUUGACGACGAAGCCAAUCAAUGGAGCAAUCUUUAUCUUCAACCCACGCACGGGACAACUUUUCCUGAAGAUCAUUCAUACCUCUGUGUGGGCGGGUCAGAAGCGUCUUGGCCAGUUGGCCAAAUGGAAAACCGCCGAAGAAGUCGCUGCGUUAAUUCGUUCUCUACCAGUGGAGGAACAACCGAAACAGAUUAUCGUCACUAGAAAGGGCAUGUUGGAUCCAUUGGAAGUGCACUUACUGGACUUCCCUAACAUAGUCAUCAAGGGAUCUGAAUUGCAGUUACCAUUUCAGGCGUGUCUUAAAGUGGAGAAGUUCGGCGAUCUGAUAUUAAAAGCGACCGAGCCGCAGAUGGUACUGUUCAAUCUUUAUGACGAUUGGUUGAAGACUAUCUCGUCUUACACUGCAUUCUCGCGAUUGAUAUUAAUUCUACGCGCUCUACACGUCAAUACCGAGAGAACAAAAGUCGUUUUGAAGCCUGAUAAGACGACUAUCACCGAGCCGCAUCAUAUAUGGCCAUCGUUGAUGGAUGAUGAAUGGAUCAAGGUGGAAGUGCAGCUGAAAGAUUUAAUCUUGGCGGAUUACGGCAAGAAGAACAAUGUCAAUGUCGCGUCGCUCACGCAAUCUGAGAUUCGUGAUAUCAUUCUUGGUAUGGAAAUCAGUGCUCCGUCCGCCCAACGUCAACAGAUUGCCGAGAUCGAGAAGCAGACCAAGGAACAGAGCCAACUCACUGCUACGACCACGCGAACAGUGAACAAACACGGCGAUGAGAUUAUUACCGCAACCACGUCCAAUUACGAGACGCAAACUUUCAGCUCGAAAACUGAGUGGCGAGUACGCGCUAUUUCUGCAACGAAUCUCCAUCUCAGAACGAAUCACAUCUAUGUCUCUUCUGAUGAUAUCAAGGAAACCGGUUAUACUUACAUCUUACCGAAGAAUGUGCUGAAAAAGUUUGUCACGAUUUCUGAUUUACGAGCGCAAAUCGCCGGCUACCUGUAUGGUAUUAGUCCACCCGAUAAUCCUCAGGUGAAAGAAAUCAGGUGUAUCGUGAUGGCGCCACAAUGGGGAACACAUCAGACUGUGCAUUUACCGAAUACAUUACCAAAUCAUCAAUAUUUAAAGGAGAUGGAGCCGUUGGGAUGGAUACACACACAGCCCAAUGAGCUUCCGCAGCUCUCGCCGCAAGACAUAUCCACUCACGCGCGAGUUAUGGCGGAGAAUUCCAUCUGGGAUGGCGAGAAAACCAUCGUCAUCACUUGCAGUUUUACGCCUGGUUCCUGUUCCCUCACGGCGUACAAACUUACACCAAGCGGUUUCGAAUGGGGCAAACAAAACACUGACAAGGGUAACAAUCCGAAGGGUUAUCUACCCAGUCACUAUGAAAAGGUACAAAUGCUUCUGUCCGACCGUUUCCUCGGUUUCUUCAUGGUGCCCAGUCAAGGCUCGUGGAACUACAAUUUUAUGGGCGUGAGGCACGACCCCAACAUGAAGUACGAGCUACAAUUAGCAAAUCCAAAAGAGUUUUAUCAUGAAGUACACAGGCCGGCCCAUUUCCUCAAUUUUUCGAGUUUGGAAGAUGGCGAGGGUGUUGGAGCUGAUCGGGAGGACAUGUUUGCGUAAACUGAAAUCUUUAUGUAGUAUAUGUACCAGUAUUUGAUUAACGAUUUAUAGAUGCGCUACACGCAAAUAAACGCAAAAAUACUUUAAUAAAAUGCUGUAAUACUGUAAAA